GGGGGGCGAGAGGCGGACUCUCAGGGAGGGGGGAAGGCGGGAUCGACCUGUCGAACUGGACAAAUCGACUUCUUGCUUUGAAUGUGGCGAUUUUCAUCGCGCAGCAAGUGGAUCCUAGCAUCACCUUGAUGGGCGCUAAGAACGACCAGCUCAUCCGCCGGGGAGAGCUCUACCGCCUUUUCACCCCCAUGCUCCUCCACGGAGACAUCCAACACUUGAUGGCGAACUCCUACACUAUGUACAAUCUGGGGCAUUUCAUAGAACCCCUCUUUGGUGGGCCCAUGCAGUACUUGGCCCUGUACAUCCUCUCCGGCUUGGCGGGCAAUGCCCUCUCCUUCGUCUCCGGGCGGGCCCCCGUUUCCAUAGGAGCCUCGACGGCCGUCUCGGGCCUUUUGGGCGCCGUCGGGCUCUUUUGCUACCGGCACCGGCACGUUUGGAAUUUGGAGGGGCCUUUGCGCUCUGUCGCCCAGGCGGUGGUCAUCAACGGGGUCUUGGGGAUGAGCAGCGCCCGGAUUGACAACUUUGGGCAUCUGGGUGGUUUGGUGGGGGGGGCGGUCUGUGGCUGGCUCUUCGGUCCCCGGCUCGUCCCUUUGACGACCCGGGAGGGCGUAUUCAGGGGCUACGUGAACAGUCCGAUCCUGCAGACUGGCUGGGCAGCCCUGGGGAGACAAGUCCGGGGUCGGCUUGGGAGGCGCUCCGGGUUGGGGGCACCGCCUGGGAAAGGGGGAGCCCGGCAGGGAUGGGCGCG